CUGUAGCUAUUGGUUGCGAUAUAGGUGCAUUUUGUUAUAAACCAAAAUGACUCGUAUUACUUAAACGACGUAACAUAUUCUUGUAAAUUAAUGUGGUUUCAUUUAAAAGGUUUCGUUCGCCGUUACUUGAAUGAUGGUGCAAUGUUAGUAUACGUUUAUUUGAUGUAUGACUACAUGCCUUACAUGGACAAUUAAUGUUGAUACAGAGUCGAUUAAAUGUCAUCAACAGCACGAGAAAUGUGUGAUUUGAGAACCGAUAUAAACAGAUGCAAUAAAUCAGAAAUGUGAGGUAAUUAGUUUUUGCGCACUACGUUCUACACAUGAUGUUGGACGAACGAAGUCUCGUGUUGACAGCUUUGUUGAUCACCUUGUCAAUGGAGGUCAAGUGUCAACAGCUGUAUAGUUCUGGUGUACAAUGGAUGCCAACCGGUAAUGGAAACGAGUUGCAGAUAUACAGUCAUUUAUCAUGGCAACAAUUCAACAUCGGAACUUGCAUUUUACCCGCUUGUCUGACAGCAUAUAAACUGACCAAUAAAUCUGCUCUGACGUUUGGUAGACUUAGCGGUUAUAAAUGGACUUGCGCCAAAGGAUGUAGCACUAGUUUAACUGUGUCUGGUUUUGAUGGCGUGUAUUUUACGGAGGUUAAAAACUACACUGGGGCGAUGUGGGAGGCAGGCGACGAAACCAAAGCUUUCAACUUCGGUGCCACUGUAACGAGUGAAAUAGAAUUAGAACUCAGCUUCCAAAAUGGAUCCACGCCAUACCAAACGAUGUUGUCGGAAAGGGCGAUGUUGACCCUGGCCACUCGUAACGACACCAACAGGACGAACAUGAGUCCCUCUCUGGUCGUGUUCCCCAUGUACUCAGUACCACUGGGCUGCAGUAUUACCAUUAACCUUCAUCCAUAUGACGGGGACGGAGAUUUCGUGACCUGCAGAUUGACACACCCACUUCCGGGCUGCAAGCUCAAUCAGGAUUCGUGCACACUGACAAUGAGCGCCACCGGUGCCAAUGGAUACGUAGUGGACGGAAUAUACUCAGGGGAAGUAAUCGCCGAGGACUACAACGAAGAGAAGGUCACAUUGUCCAAGGGAGGCAACUCCGUAAUAUCAAAGGGGCCGUUCAGCCGCGUACCAAUAAUGAUUUCUGUCCACGUGACAGCCUCUCCUGUUUCGAGCACGUGUCUAGACUCACCACGACUGAAACCGGUCUCAGAGCCCGUCAUUUCCAUCCAACCCUUAGACGUGAUGUCACGAGUAAUAGAAUCCUACACCGCAUCGACCGUCUUUUUAACUGUGGGACGUCAGGGUUCAACGUUUGACAAAAUGACGCCGAGCGGUGUGAACGUUACGUUAACGUCGACUGACGUCGGCGUGUAUCGGACGUGUGCUAUGGGAUACAACCAAGAAGGUGUACCAGGUGAAAGUAUGUGUUAUACAAUAUUAGUUGGAGACACAGACGACUGCGCGAGAAAUCUGUGCACGAGCAGACCAGGCGGCACAUGCCAUGACUUCUACAACCAUUACACGUGCGACUAUCCUACGCCAGAUUCGAAGUCUAAAAUAGGACUGAUAGUGGGUGCGACUGUCGGGGCGCUCUGUGUCGUGGGUGGGGCCGUGGCCCUUUCUAUAUACAUGUACACACGCAAUCACAAGAGGCAACGAGAGUCCAAGAUUCAGCCCGAUCCCCCAGGCGAGGCGCCGGACACGGCUGCUCUGCAAAUACAAACUAAGACAUAACGAUGUGAUAACUAUUGUUGUUGCUACCCCGGAAUCUUUCAUCGUCUUUAAGAGCCACCAGGACUCAAUAAACACUGUUGUGCAUUAUCUGGAAUAUAAAAGCAAACAACUUUAAUGUUUGGAAUAAUUUCUAAUAAUAAUUACACGCAAACCGAUUUAAAACAAUGUACCUUCUCUGAGAUUCGAACACGGAAUCUCUAGUUGCAGAAGUUAACGGAUUUCCACUACACAUGGCUUACUUUUGCAUUUUGAUCGUACGUAACGUAAACUUUUAUAUCAGCGAUACUUGUUUAAGUGUUACACACGCUUUAUUAUAUAUCCGAUUUCGCUUGAUGUUUCCAAGGAUCUAUAAUAUGUUGUUGUGUUUUAUUUGUCUUUAUCAGGAGUGUUAUUUUAUUUGUUUGCAUAUAUUGCAACAUACAUUUUUUAAUCUUCGACAUUUUUUUUUAAUUCUCUAUUUGUUAAAUUGUGAACCAGUCCCUUUAAAUGGACGAUGUUCGCUUCGUAACGUUUUGUUGUUUUAUAAUAUCAUUAGACUAUUAUAACUAUUUGCUAUUGUUGUUUUGUGCAAAAUAUUUUAUCUACAUGAUUUCUUAUAAAACAUAUGUAAACCUUG